UCUCAUUUUUUAUCUGUUGCUAUUAGAAUAUUGGAGUAUUUCAUAAAUGUCUUUAAUACAUUUGUUAUCUUCACGCUUACCACGGAUUCAGUGAGUAUAAUUUACUAAACGAUUUAAUCGCGACAUACGACAAAAAAUCCCCACAAGACGUCAUAAUGACGUCACCAGAGGAAACAAGCUUCAAGAACAUUCUAAUAUCCAUCCGCGACAAACCAUCCAUAAUUGACGAAACAAUUACAGUAAAAAGACCAAGGAAAAACUUCCUAGCACCAAAUCAUACUGAUUCGAUCAGCCCAAUCGACUCAAUUAAACCUAAAAUAGCGUACAUAGACAAAGUGCCAGCGAACUAUGUCCCUGGUAAAGCUGUGAAAAUUGUCAGCGAUGAGACAGAACAUUCAAUUGAAAACGAAAAGGUAAGCAUCUCCGAAUCUACACAUUCCUCACUCGAUAGUUACCUAUCUAAAGAUGAUUAUGACAUUUAUAAACGAAGAGUUAGCGAGGGUAAUUUACAAAAUUCAAAUAUCAAGAAACGUUGUUCCACAUCGACUAUACGCAAAUUGAAAUCUGACGAAAUGCGUAAAAGUAAAUCGGAGGUGAGUAAGUUGUGUGAAAAAGUUAAAAGUAUAAAAUUAAAAGAGAAAGAUGAAAAGAAUUAUAAAACUAGAAGUUGUAAUGACAUUGUCAGAUUGAUAUUGACUAAACACGGUAUACAUGUGAUUAGCGAUACGGAAGCUAUUGUUUAAAUCAUUCGUUCUGAGUGAAUGAUUUAAUUCUUUCACUAACAAAGAUAAAUUGAUAAAUUUAUAUUUUAUAAAAUGUUAAAAUAAAUCCUUUGAAUUCAUUCAAUCAUUCAAAUCAAUGUCGUUCAUUUCAUUCACUUAUUCACAGUGAAUGAAUUAAUGUAAUUAAAAAGGUCUGAUAUUCCCAUAUUGUGCCAAAUACCAUAGCCUCAAUCGUUUCUAUUAGUCGAUAAUAAUAAAAAAAAACAAAAUCGAUUUUUAAUCCUUUUUAAAAAUCA